AUGAACACCCCAAGCGAGGAAGUGCAAGAACAUCUUGCUUUGGCUAUAGCUGGAGAAGGAUCUGCUGUGGACGAGUUGUCAGCAGCUGCCAAGGAGAUGGCCCUCCAGGACGGCGAAAACGAGGAUGAGGCGGAGACUAAAGAGGGCAAGUUCAAGGGACUUCUCAGUAUCUUGAGACGAUUCAUCGGUAUCAAGGACCUUGCCUCCGUCCGCUUCUCUCUUCCAGCACAGUUCCUCGAGCCGAUCCCGAAUUUGGAUUAUUGGCACUACGUCGAUAGACCUGAUGCACUUAUAUGCAUCACCGAUCCGGAAGAGCCCGUGGAUAGGAUGCUGGCUGUACUCAGAUGGUGGUUUACGAAGGAUCUCAAAGUUGUGAAAGGGAAACCUUGCAAACCAUACAACUGCAUUCUCGGCGAGUUUUUCAGAGCCCAUUGGGAUGUACGGGAGCCAGCGUUCAACCCAGAUGGAACGAUGCUCCCUGCGAACACUGAUCCCCAUAUUCCCGACGACCCUCCUCAAUCUUCGGCUUCAUCUAUCAAAUCGGCAAAAUCUGCAAGUACGAUUACAUCCGGUGGUGGAUCAUGGAAACGUGCGGGAUUCCUGUCGAGACGGAAUACUCCUCAGCCUACCUCGGGCCCUACCCUGACGGUGCCCAAGGUUGAUUACGUUCCUCACUCUGAGCGCAAGGUCUGCCGUGUCGCGUACGUUACUGAGCAAGUUUCGCACCACCCGCCAGUAUCAGCGUACUAUGCAUCUUGUGCGGAGAAGGGAAUCGUUAUGAGGGGCCUGGAUCAGGUUUCGGCAAAGUUCACUGGAACAAGUAUCAAGGUCUUCCCAGGAGAGCAGAACCGCGGUGUCUGGAUUACGUUGAAGCAGAGAGGUGAUGAGGAAUAUCUUGUCACGCAUACAAGUGCAAGUGUUUCCGGGUUUUUGAUGGGAAGUCCAACGAUUAACAUUCAUGAUGCAUCUGUCGCCACCUGUCCGAAGACCAAAACAAAGGCGAUCGUCCAAUAUCUCGAAGAGUCUUGGCUAGGGAAGCAGAAAGCCCUCGUCAAAGGCGCAAUCUUCACCUACGAUCCAGCCAACGACAACAUCACUGAUUUCAAGGACGUACCAUCAUCAGCACUCAUUGGAACAAUUGAGGGAUCAUGGAAGGGAGAGGUUUUCUACACGCCCAAGGAUGGAGUGCGGCGUUUGCUGGUGGACUUAGAGUUGUUCGACGUCUUCCCUAAGAAGGUGCCCGAGAGCCACGAGCUUCAUCCCAAUGAGAGUCACCGCGUGUGGGAAGGCGUCACCAAGAGCAUCAAGUCAUCACAAUUCUCAAAGGCGACGAAGCUUAAAGUAGAUAUUGAAGAACGGCAGAGAGCAAAGGCAAAGAAAAGACUAGAGGAAGGGACUGAGCACGAGGUCAAGCUGUUCAAGAUGCCUGUCGGUGAUGGCAAGCCGGAGUUGUCCCAACUCGGUGAGAAGAUCUUGGCGGGUGUUGCGAAUGCUGACUACGGUUCCAUGAAGGACAGUAUCCCGGAAUGA